UUUUAGAAGAGUAUUCAAUAAAAACCAAUGCCGUACUAAUUUGUUGACAGUGAAGUUUAUCCUUGGAGUUGGAUUGGAACGGUGAUUGUGAAGAAAUAAAAUUCUGCCACUGUGCAACAUGCAAGAAGGGAGCAAAGAAACCUUACCUAGCCUGGCAACUGAGGCAGUGUUGGUGAAAAGUCAGGCAAUGCCAGAGGGGACACCAACUGUCAGAGGGUAUGACUUCGGCGAGGGAGUGGACUAUCACAGGCUAUUGCAGUCCUAUGCCACCUCGGGAUUUCAGGCACAGAACUUUGGCCGCGCUGUUGAGGAAAUCAAUAGAAUGAUUGACUGUAAGAUGCAACCAGUUGCCGAUGAAAAUGUAAAAGAGUGGGCGGGACACCCAACAGGACGGGUCGGGAGCAACUGUACCAUCUUCCUAAGUUACACGUCCAACUUGAUCUCAGCCGGAGUGCGGGAGACAAUACGAUACCUCGUACAAAACAACAUGGUAGACUGCCUUGUGACGACAGCGGGCGGUAUUGAAGAAGACUUCAUCAAAUGUAUGGCCCCCACAUAUGUAGGGGACUUUGCACUGAAAGGAAGUACCCUCAGGGAGAAGGGAAUCAAUCGUAUCGGGAACCUGCUGGUGCCAAAUGACAAUUACUGCAAGUUUGAGGACUGGCUUAUUCCAAUCCUUGACACCAUGCUCCAGGAACAAAAUGAUAAGGGAACUCUCUGGACGCCAUCACGUAUGAUUGACCGUCUUGGACGUGAAAUCAACCAUCCGGACUCUGUGUACUACUGGGCCCACAAAAACAACAUUCCCGUCUUCUGUCCGGCUCUCACUGAUGGUUCCCUGGGGGAUAUGCUGUACUUCCACUCCUACAAGAAUCCUGGUCUUGUACUUGAUCUCAUACAAGAUAUUCGAGCGAUCAACUCCAUAGCUGUCCAGGCUGUGCAUUCUGGGAUGAUCAUAGUAGGGGGAGGCGUCAUCAAGCACCAUACAUGCAAUGCAAAUCUUAUGAGGAAUGGAGCGGACUUUGCGGUGUAUCUGAACACGGCUUCAGAGUUUGACGGCAGUGACUCGGGCGCGAGCCCAGAUGAAGCCGUCUCCUGGGGGAAAAUCAAACCCAAUGCAAAGCCUGUAAAGAUCUGUGCGGAGGCUACGCUAAUUCUCCCUCUUCUUGUGGCGGAAACCUUCGCCCGACGACAAAAAGAGUUCACAUCUCCUACACCGCGUGCUGAGACGAAGGACACAGGCUGAUACUGGGACAAACUCUGAAUUGUUUGAAGUUGGCAAGGCCUGAAUAUCUUUGAUUGUUCGUGAAUUGAACAGGUGGUGUGUAAAAAAGCACACAAAAUAAAGGCAAUUUAAAGUUAUUUACAAAAUUAAUUUUCUCCUAUGGAGAGACUGAUUGAUUUUUAUUUCACUCAUGAUGCAAUCUCUCAUUUCUGAUUGGCUGUGAUAAUUUUGUUGUUGUUGUUUUUUAAAAAUCCAUUGGAUUUUUGUUACUGAAGAAUUUGUGCAUGUGAUUACAAAAUGGUAUACUUUGUGACAGCGGUAAAAGAUCAGCAAAUAGGAUGCAGACAUGAAUUUAUCAUUUGCAUAUGAUAUAGCACCUGAUUACUGUUUUACACAUUAAUACACGGAUUUUUUUUAACACACUUGUACAUUUCUUAUUCUAUGUAAUGGCAGAACACAAAAUUAAAAAAUGACAACACACAUACAUAUGUACAGGCAUGCCGAAUCCCAAGCCAGCACGAACGCUGCAGAAGAAGAUUUCCUUGGAUACCGGUUGCUAAUUUGAAUUGAACUGUUGUGUCAUCUUCAAGUUUAAUAUUUUCGUACCAUCCAUUUUUUGCUGUUUAUUGCCGAUAUUGAGAUUUCUCAGGCAAACACAUCAUUUUCUUAGCUCGUCAAUUUCAUUUACAGACUUUGUUGUAGAAGCCUUCAGACGAGAAGUGAAUGGUAAUGCACUCAACUAUAUCAUAGUGUUCGUAUAUACGAGAGGUAGUCCUACAGUUCUCUGACUGUAGCAAUAAAACAAAAAUGGCUUGAUGUUUGAAUGAUUUUUAGCUUGACUAUUCGAAGAAUAAGGAGAGCUAUUUUACUCACCCUGGCGUCGGCAGUGGGUUCGGCAUUGGCGUCACACCUUGGUUAAGGUUUUGCAUGUAAGCACCUUUAAGUCAUUAUCUCAAUAAUUAUCUCAAUAAAUACAUCAGUUAUUGCAUCGAAACUUUGGAUAUGUAUUCCCAACUAUCUUACAUACUUAAUUAAUGAAAUCAGAUAACAAUUAUAUGAAUAUAAUGCAAAUAAUAGGCCUUUAUUAUUCGACUUAGAAAUUCUGGUUAAAGUUUUGCAUGCAAGCACACAUAGGUUAAUAUCUCAGCAACUACUUGAGGUAUUGCAUUGAGACUUUAUACAAUGGUACCCAACCAUCCAACCUACUUAAUUAACCAAGUUUGAUAACUCUACUUUGCAUUUAAUGCCAAUAAUAGGCCUUUAUUAUUUGACUUAGAAAUUCUGGUUAAGGUUUUGCGUGCAAGCACACAUAGGUAAAUAUCUCAGCAACUACUUGAGGUAUUGCAUUGAGACUUGAUACAAUGGUACUUUACCAUCCAACCUACUCAAUUAACCAAGUUAGAUAACUCUAGUUUGCAUUUAAUGCCAAUACUAGGCCUUUAUUAUUUGACUUAGAAAUUCUGGUUAAGGUUUUGCUUCUAAGCACACAUAGGUUAAUAUCUCAGCAACUACUUGAGGUAUUGCAUUGAGACUUGAUACAAUGGUACUCAACCAUCCAACCUACUUAAUUAACCAAGUAAGAUAACUCUAGUUUGCAUUUAAUGCAAAUAAUAGGCCUUUAUUAUUUGACUUAGAAAUUCUGGUUAAGGUUUUGCGUGCAAGCACACAUAGGUUAAUAUCUCAGCAACUGCUUGAGGUAUUGCAUUGAGACUUGAUACAAUGGUACCCAACCAUCCAACCUACUUAAUUUACCAAGUUAGAUAACUCUAGUUUGCAUUUAAUGCAAAUAAUUGCCCUUUAUUUGCCUCAGAAAUUCUGGUUAAGGUUUUGCAUGUAAGCACACAUAGGAUAAUAUCUCAGCAACUACUGGAUGAAUUGCAUUGAGACUUUAUAAAAUGGUACUCAACCAUCCAACCUAAUUGAAUAAUCAAGUUAGAUAACUGUGUUUUGCAAAUAAUGGCCCUUUAUUAUUACACUUAAAAAUUCUGGUAAAAUUUUUGCAUGUUACCACAUUAAUGUUAAUAUCUCCGCACAUCAUGUAUUGCAUUGAAAUCUAAUCUAACAGUGAUCCAUGCAUGUUUCGCCAAAACUUUUCAAUCCUUACACUGAAAAGCGGCGGAAUAGUCGAGCGCGCUGUCUCUGUGACAGCUCUUGUUUUCUUUUAAGUUCCCAGGUGGCUUUCAUGUAAUUUUAUGAGAAUUUUUCGCCUCAUUUCAAGUGGGAAUAUAUUUCUUUCGUUGUGGACUGACCCUUAUGCGCAGCAAGUUUUUCAUAUAAAUAUUUAUUACACCUUUUUCUGCCAAAUCUUUUAUAAGCCUUGGCAUUAAUGUACAUACGGUACGUGUUUAGGUAUCACAGGAGAUAAGGUUUUGUCUGGUUCGAUAUGAUAUUUCCCGCCAAACUUCCCUAAACCUGUGAAUAUACAGUUGAACACCGCUAUUCCGGACACCUUUUAUCCGAAAUUAUCACUAUUUCGACAUUAUUUUUCGGUCCAGAAGUUUUCCCUUCUUUGUUUAACAAACUUUUAAUCUUUAAUCCGAAAUCGCUAUUCCGAACAAAUCGUUAUUUCGAAGUAAAAAAUACGGUCCCGAUUUGAUAUUUAAAACCUAUUUAUCAGUCCUUAUUUCGAAGUCGAUCAUCUCAUCUCAUCUCAAUGAUGUCUAUAGUCUAUAAUUACUGAUUCGCUCGUCCGCGGUGAGUUAUCGUUUAUUGAAUCAAUUUUCCGAAUAAGAUUGUUCUUGCAUGCAUUUUUCCCAGGACAGAUCAUGUUUGGACCACGUAAAAAUCAAAUAAUUGCACUUCACCAUUGUUUAAAUGGCACUUUUAAUAAAGUCCAGAUAGUUUAUAGAAGAGACUCUGCGGAAGAAGGUUUCCUUCGAUACCGGUUGCAAAUUUAAUUGAACUGUUGUGUCAUCUUCAAGUUUAAUAUUUUCGUACCAUCCAUUUUUUGCUGUUUAUUGCCGAUAUUGAGAUUUCUCAGGCAAACACAUCAUUUUCUUGGCUCGUCAAUUUCAUUUACAGACUUUGUUGUAGAAGCCUUCAGACGAGAAGUGAUUAAGCCACCUGCACGUUUUGCAUUUAAAUCCAUAUGCUGGGCACGCAUUAGCCUUGUGCUUCCGUCCGCAUUUUUUGCAGUCAACUGUUUUUAUUAUCUUUGUAGGAAAUGACGGCUUAUACUCUUUUGAAAGCUGAGGGUGAUUAGGUCUCUGUUGUGUGUUCUUAAAUUUGUUGGUUUGAGCCGGUCUUGCUCUGAUGACAUCUACCUUUUGCUCCUUUUUAUUUCCUGUAUUUGCUGCUUACUGCAUUAUGCAGCCCGACACAAUUCUAUGACUCCAAAUCUGGAUUUUCACCUUUACGUAAUAAUCAGCCGACUAUCACUGAUCCAAAAUAUCAACCUGUCUCUGAUCAUUAAGUCUUUCUGGUCGCCGAACUCACAAAUUUUUGCCUUUGUUUUCAAAUCCGUCACGAACUCGUCUAUUGUUCUUGCAUUUUGCUGAAUUGUCCAAAUAUUAUGUCUUUUAAUUAAGGUAUUUUUUCUUGACUCACUAUACGCUUUCAUUUAGACAACAUAUCUUCUUAAUUUUCGUUUCUCUUUCUUCUAAAUAAUAAUAAAAAGAUUUCAAUUCCUCAUCUCCUAGGCGAGUUAGAGGAACUGCGACUUUGACUUUGUGUGGCUUUUUAGUCUUUUCGGAAGCCGACAUAAACAAAUUGAAUUGUUGCUUCAAUCUUUUGAAGUUUGGCUUUCCUCUGAAGUUAACCGGUGGCGGUGCUUUUGAAUCCAUACUGAUAGUGAUUUUUGAUUUUUUAGCAAGCUCACUUUUAAUCCACAAAGAUACAAGUAGCAAAUUCCAUAUAAUUAAUAAUUCUUAGAAUCACUUUUCUUCUGACACCAUGUUACUAUUUAUAACACAAGGAGGCGAUGCAUUCUUUAAUACAAAACUGUUUCAUGAUAUUCUCAGAACAAGGUUCAAGGAACAAGAGGUCAAAAGGCAUGUACCGUAGAGGUCAUGUAUAGUUCAUCAUUAUUUAUGCGAAAAGCUACAGAAACAUGCCCAGCAGCAAAAAGUUUAAACAUAAACAUGACACACUUCACCAACAAUGACCAAUCCUAAAGAACCUUACUGUGCAAAAGGAGAUUUCUUGAAUCAGCUGCUGUACAUAAUGGGCUUCAAACGUGUCUCUUCAAAUGACAAGGCCAAUAUUCGCACCAGAAUCCAGUGGGGAAAUGUAUUCAGCUACUUGUGCUGAAAGCGGACAGCUGUCUGCUAUAUCUGGAGUAGAAAUUUCUGACAGGUCACACGGGAUGUCACAUUCAAUGAUACCAAGAUUUGUUUUUGCUGUAGGUAUCGCCUUGUUUUAAACAUUUUUGUGAACUGUAUAGUGUCUGAGCGUUAACAUAUCAAACGUUAUCUUCAUGACAACAACCAGCGUCGGUCCUGGCGAACACUAUGUUUUAAAUGACGGUGCUAGCAUUGUUCGGUUAAUUAAAAUUUCAGUCUUGAAUCGGAUGCUCUAGAAGCCAAAGUGGCCAAUGUAAAUUGAGACUCAAUGAGCCAGUCUGUUUGUUGCCCAAAUGGGGCAUUGUACGGUCAGAUUAUUUAAUCAAUUACCUCUCUAUUCCCUGUUUUGAAACUUGGUAUUAUAACGUAAGUAACAGUUUAUUCUCAUAUUUUUCACUUUUGAACACUUUGUCAUUACCAUUUUUUUAAGUACUGUUAUAUGUUACUGUUUUUAAGUACUGUUUUACCAUUGAUGUAUAUUGUAUGUAUAAUAUUUGUUUUAUCAAAUUAUAUUGUUAAGAAACGCAUUGUUUAAUACAUGGGGUUUUGCAUUUCUAGCACUUACAUUUUCACCACCCACGCAUGAGAAUAGAGUGUAUUUGCGUUCAUCCCCAGAUAUCUCAAGCAUAGCAAAUAUAUUUGAUGUCCCUAGAGUUCUACGUUUUGUACUGCGUAUUCUGGGAUCGACUUUUCUAGCACACCGGAUAGGCAUUUCCGUUGAAUUUAGCCGUGCUGGAAAACUCCAUCUGGCAUCCCCCCAUGCCAGAUGAGUCACGCGCUGUCACGUAAUAAUUUCUAUUUCUUUUUUAUACACUCUAUGUAAACAUAAUUAUGAGAUUUCAAUAGAUGAGUUCCAUUAACAUUAACAUUACAAAAAUAUACCUAAAAAAACAACAAAAU